AGGCCAUUUCUUGCACCGAUAAGAUUGUCUUUGCGCAAAUUCCGACGACAAAUCGGGAAUGAGGCUACGUAAAUAAACCUCGUUUCUGAGAUAGAAAGUGACACGAAUCACGAGAGCGAAGGGUCAUUUUUGAAAUUUCAAGCCUCAGGAUAAUCGAAUCAGAGAUCAUGGCAAAGAAAAUACUAGUCACUGGAGGAGCUGGCUAUGUGGGUAGUCAUGUCCUGGUGGAAUUGCUCCAGUGUGGUUAUGAAUGUGUUGUAGUCGAUAAUUUAGUCAAUGCACAUACAGAAAGUAUUACAAGAGUCAAAGAAUUAUCUGGAAAGAAUGUCACCUUUCAGCAAUGUAAUCUUCUAGAUAAAGAUGGUCUUGAUAAAUUAUUUGAACAGAAUUCCUUUUAUGCUGUUGUUCAUUGUGCUGGCCUCAAGGCUGUUGGGGAGUCAGUUGAAAUUCCACUUGAAUAUUACCAUAACAACGUAACAGGGACAAUUUAUCUAUUACAGUGUAUGCAGAAACACAAUGUCUUUAACCUGGUGUUUUCAUCGUCUGCAACUGUUUAUGGAAAGUCGCAGUACCUCCCAUUGGACGAGAACCACCCAACGGGAAUAGGUAUCACAAACCCGUAUGGACAAACGAAAUUCUUCAUUGAGCAGAUAAUCAAGGAUGUGGCAGCAACAAACAAGGCGUGGAAUACUAUUCUUCUGCGCUACUUCAACCCAGUGGGUGCCCAUAAAUCAGGAAGAAUUGGCGAGGAUCCACAGGGAACACCAAAUAACUUAAUGCCAUACAUCAAUCAAGUAGCCGUUGGCAGAAGGACGCACUUGAAUGUGUUUGGCAAUGAUUAUGAAACAAAAGACGGAACUGGUGUGAGAGACUAUAUCCACGUGGUCGACUUAGCUCUUGGACACGUGUCUUCAGUGAAAAAGUUAGAGGAAAAUUGUGGUUUCAAAAUUUACAACUUGGGAAGUGGCCAUGGGUAUAGUGUUUUAGAGAUGGCAGCUGCGAUGGAGAAGGCUAGUGGAAAAAAGAUUCCUUACAAGAUCGUCCCGCGGAGGGCCGGUGACCUGCCUGCAAUAUAUGCUGACUCCUCACUCGCACUAAAAGAGCUGGGGUGGAAAACAGAACGAGGCCUUGACGAGAUGUGUGAAGAUAGUUGGCGAUGGCAAAGUAACAACCCAAUGGGAUACUCAAAAACCGACUGAUAAUUCUGGCAGUACAGAUGGUUUAUAAAACAAUUAAUACAUUUAGUCUAAUUUUGAAAUGAUUAUAAUUAUAGCUUUCAGGGCAAACUUUUGUCAGUGUUGCUUUUUGCAAACAUUGAAAAAAUCUUGAACUGAAUUGAUAUAUUGUGGGAACUGGAA